AUGCCUCCCUUCCUUUUGCUGUUGGUUUCUCUUCUCAGCAUUGGAGCAGCCCUUCCGUGGCAAGGACCUCAGCAAACGCAAACAGCAACGUAUACUGCCAAUUUGGCUCCUGCGCCUACGAGCAAUGCCAAUGAAGACAUCUCGAUCCUUGAAUUAAAACUUCGCGACAUCUACCCCGUUAGUGUAUGCGGCUGGAUUGGAGGAGAUGUUGCACAACCUGCUUAUUGUUCGACUCAAUCAUCAUGUGUUUGGAACUCAGACGAAAGCAUUGUCGGAUGCUGCGCAACCUCUGGCAGCAACUGUGCAUUCUAUACUUCCUGCAUUGAUAUGAACUCUCCUCAGCAAACUAGCGACAGUGAGAAUGUCUACACUUGUAGAGGAACCUCACUUUGCUACUCAAAUACUUAUCCCGGGAGUUAUAAGCAGUGGGGAUGCGGGUCCACUAAUUGGGCAACCAAUAUUGAGACUUCAUACUCCGGGAUGGCAGCAGACAUUUCCCUUCAAAUUGUCACAACUGGCAACGGCGCGGGAGGCUCAACAGUAGGUUCAACGGCUGCAAGUUCGACAAUUGAAACAUUGGUUAGUGCCACAGAAAGCACCACUUCCACUCCUCAAGUUACUUCUCUUGCCGCGACAUUAGGAUCUAAAGAGUCUUCUCACACAACUGCUGGCUUCUCUACGACCUCCGCCUUCUCUAAUUCAUCAUUAUCUGCUACACCUGCCUCGCCAACAAGUCCAUCAAGCAAAUCAUCAGUCCCAAUGGCUGCAGUAGCUGCCGGGGCUAUAGGAGGCAUCGCUGCGAUAGCCAUGAUCGGAGGACUGUGUCUAUUCGGCAAGCGAAAAGGCUGGUUUCACCGGGGACCUGGGCAUCAACACAUACCCCACAGUCACUCAACCCAGGCUUUAGCCCCAGAGCAUCAUGAUCUCGCCAUGUCGCAGACAAGAGACCAUUCACUAGGAACUUCCACCCCAAGAAGCCAUCACACCGGCGUGGGCGCUUUUUCAGCGGAGCCAAAGUUCGACAAGAGAGGUUUAUUGAUCACUGAGUCGCACGAAAUGGCAUCGGGAUCCGGAGUCAAGAAAAGCUCUAAACCCAAGAGUAGCCCAUCGUCGGUAUCAGGAGCGAAGAAGAGUUUGAAGACCAAUGUUGGUUCAGCUUCAGAUUCGAGGGUGAAGAAGACUUCCAGACAAAGGGCGGGUUGAUCAGCAGGAGGACAAUUCAACCGCUGUGGGCCAAUGGAAUGGACAUGACGAAGUAAGGCGUAAACGAAGAAAAUAGGUAAUGAGAGGGAAUCAAUGGGUAUAUCAUGCAAAUGGGUAGAUGAAUGACAAGCAGGCUUUAUGAGGGAGUUCGGGGAAGAGUUUGGAGAAUUUGCAAUAAUUAUCAAUUUUCCAGCACCUUAGAAUCGGAAAGCUCCGGUCUGACUCUGCGG